AUGGGGGGAGUCUGGCUGGAGCUCACAGAUGGAGAGCUGAGGCUUAGAAUUGUGGCCUGGGACGAGCCCACCUUCCAGGGCCGGAAGCAGGAGUUCACCUCUGAGUGCUAUGACAUCACAUUGUGUGGCUUCGACAAUGUCUGCUCAGCCCGCAUUGAGAGCGGCACGUGGGUCGGCUUUGAGCACCCCGGUUUCCAGGGGCAGCAGUUUGUUCUGGAGCAAGGUGACUACCCCUGCUGGGAAGCCUGGAGCGGAAGCAACGCCUACCAUGCCCACCGGCUGAGCUCCUUCCGGCCCAUCUCCUGCGCGAAUCACCGGGAGAGCAAGAUGACCAUAUUUGAGCAGGAAAAUUUUAUGGGACGCAAAGGGGAGCUGAGUGAUGACUACCCAUCUCUCAAGGCAAUGGGAUGGGGCAGCAACGAGGUGGGGUCCCUCCAUGCGAGUUCUGGCGCAUGGGUCUGCUUCCAGUUCCCUGGGUACCGGGGCUUCCAGUAUGUAGUGGAGAGCGAUUGCCAUGGAGGCGAAUACAAACAUGUCCGGGAACUGGGGUCUCAUGCUCAGACCUCCCAGGUGCAAUCCAUUCGCCGAGUGCAGCACUGA